GUCUUCCACCGGGACGUCUGCCUGCAGCUCUUCGACACUUCAAAGCCAGCGUUGCCCUUUGUCCAUUUCCCUGAGAGGAUUUGGAGCUUUUGCCCCCUCCCCUUCCCCGAUGCUUUUCUGUCAGAUUUUCGAGAGUUUUGCCCUGAAGGUUUCUUGGGCGAGAGGCGGAUAAUGUGAGCAGGAGACCGAGGGAGGGAAGAGCACAGCUGCCGCGUGAGAAGCAAAGACAAAUAGAGAUAAAGAAGGCGAGGACGUGUGCAAGUGUGAAGGGCGAGGACCCAAAAGAACCCAAAACAAAACAAAAAACAUUUUCCACGCUUGCCGUCCACCUGAACGAAUGCAGCGAGACGAGACGUCACACGCCCACUGACCGAGCCGCGUGCGAGCCGCAGUGGAGCACUUUCUUCAUCAUGCUCGAUUCGGCUGGCUUCCCGCAUUGCAACAACCCGCGCCGGAACAGCAACUUCGUCCCCGGGUAGAAUGACGACAGGACCCUUGUGAGCUUGUGGCAACCUGUUACAAGCUUCCUGCUCCUGCUUUUUUGUUUUCGCCUCCCUCAUCACCUUCACUUCAGCCUCCUCACUAUGUUGAGACCAGCUGUACUCCUAUGGAUUCUUAAUGUCAGCAACCUGUGCUCAGGGAAAGACUACAUGGACUACUACGCAGCGGGAGACACGGGAACCCAGGCUCCAGUGUUGUCAGAUGACCAGGUCAGUUUACAGAGCGUUGUGAGCGUGGAUGAGCUGCUGCGGCUUCUCUAUCCUGAAUACAAUCUGCUUCAGCAGUGCCUGAGGAAGAAGUCAUGGCACGCCUCUUCUUUCCCCACCUCCUCAGCCAGCCCGGCGGUCCAUUCAAACCGCGACGAUCGGUGGGUGCAGCUGAGGGAGGAGGCGGUUUACAAAGUGGACGGCACCCUCGGAGUAAUCCUAGAAGAGAUCCAGCGCACCUCAUGUCAACCCAGGGAGGUGUGCAUUGAGGUGACCAAAGAGUACCCAGUAUCCACCAGUCAGAUAUACCUCCCACCCUGUGUGGCGCUGCAUCGCUGCGGUGGAUGCUGCACCAACGGACGCUUUUACUGCACCAACACAAGUCACGCGCUCGUCAACAAGACGCUUAUGGAGCUAUCGCCACUCAGGAAGGAGCGCUCAGUUGUCAUGGUAACGUUCGUCAAUCACACGAGGUGCGAGUGCUUCCUGAAGCGGCCGCUUCACUCCAUCAUCAGACGAGCCGCAACAGAUCACCUGUGUUCCCCUCCCACAGUCCCGUGCGCUUCAGCGUUCUUGUGGGAUCCCGUCAACUGCAUGUGUGUCCCAAUAGACGCCCUUAACUACUCGGAGAAAGAGACAGAGGCUUUGGACUCGGGGCUGCUGGCUCUCUGCGGCCCCAACAGGGUUCUGAAGGAGCCCAGCUGCGAGUGCGUCUGUCGAAACGGGCUCACUGAGGCCAGCUGCGGUCCAGGCUGGAAACUGGAUCACAACACAUGUGAAUGUCAGUGCGAAGGUCAGGGCGAGGGAAAGUGGUGCCCCGUCGGCCAACGCUGGGACGAGGAGCUGUGCGGCUGCGUGUGCGCCGCCCAGUGUCCCGGGAAUCAACCCCUCAACCCCGACACCUGCCUGUGUCAGUGCAGAGAGAGUCCACAGUCGUGUCUGCGGCAAGGCAAGAGGUUCAACUCCAACACCUGCAGUUGCUACAGGUUACCGUGCAGGACCCCCAGACGUGCGUGCCUAUCUGGCUUUUACUACAGCCACCAAGUCUGCCAGUGCAUCCCCAACUAUAUGAAGCCCGAGUGGAAUUAGCCAAUCGCAGAGGAACAGAAAGAUGCCAGUCGAGGGCGGCAUUUAAACCUUGGGAAACAUGUGGCCUGAUACUGCAAAUGAGACCAGGAGGUGGAGCAGAACAACAAAUUAACAGUUAUUGGAUUACAACAUACCUAAUAAUGAUUUCAGGCGCUAAAAAUGCUUUGGUCACAUGGGAGAAUGCAGUAAAAGAGGAGGAAACGAAAUAUAUGUGACUCACAGACAUCCAAUUGUGGGCUCUCGCCCAAUCGCACCUGGAGAGAUGUCAGAAGGACAGAUGAGACCAAUCUGCUUCUGGGCCAGCUUUGAUACCUGCUGCAACAUGUUGGAGCAAGCACGCCGACACUUUCCUUGAAAUGGAAAGUGGAAGCAGAUAAUGACAGUGUAGACUAAAGAUGAACCGAGCUCAAGGCAACUUUGCUUGGGGCUUUGAGGUGGAAGCAUUCGGCCUUGCUGAGGUGUCGCGGCAGCAUGAGUAUGAACAUGACACCGACGUUCAAUCUUUUCAAACCAAACGUUUGCAUUCCUAACAGAGGGUACAGACUGUCCGUCUUGUAAUUGCUGCACACCAAUUUUUUUUUUUAUUUUUUUUUUUAAAUACUCAUUUAAACAGGUAAUGCAGCUUCUGCUGCUGGGGUGAUCUAGAGCUUUUAAUUUAAAUGAUCCUUGGCAAUAUUAAAUGUAAAUAUUUAAUUUCAUCAUAUUUAAAGUAUUGUUCUUCUGUAGUUGUAAAAUACUGUAUUUAAGGCAAACAAUUCCCCCCAAAGUCAAUGUUUUGAUUAGUAAUGCUGCCAACAGUGCUACAAGAACAAAUAAUAGUUUAGGGCUCAAAUCCAACUCCAGACAAUGGAACUCGAGACGAAAAAGGAGGAAAAAAAUAAAUAAAAAAAGCAUAGUGAGCCUGAAGUGUUUCCUUUUACUUUCUGAAGUACUUUUUUCUCUUCAACUCUUUAAUUAAAUGAUCU